CCUUGUUCUAGAUUUCUGAAUUUAAUAUUAAUACAAUACUUUAAAUCUCGUGAUAUUGUAAGUCACCUCCAAAUACUUCUCCAAACUUUUGCCCGUUUUCAUUGUGAGGAAGCUUGUGUGCUCGCUGUCAUUCCUCACCUCUCCAGUGAUUAUCGACGUGUCUGCCACGUGUGCAACGCACAGCCUAGGGUUUCUUCACUCGAUGGCUAGCAGCAUCAAGGAGCAGCGGAGGCGGUUGGAUGAUCUCCCAGAUGAGUUGCUAGUGCGGAUCAUAUCUCGACUCCUCUCCUCGCAUCACUUGCAUUGCUGUGCCCUGGUAAGCAAGAGGUGGAAGGAUUUGGCGAGGCGGGUCACUCACUUCUGCCUGGAUUCGUCAAGCCCUGCGGCUGAGGAGGGACUCGUCCGCUGGUUCCAUCCAGAUCAGGGUAGCAACCUCCACUUCUUGGAAAUCAAGCGCUUCCCACGCGUCCGAAAGAAUGUGUGCUCCACUCGCUGGCUAGGAGUGGUCGGGAAAACUGUCCACUCGCUUAGCAUCUGGGGCACAGCAAGGCUAAAGUUUGAAGACUUUUGGUCCAGCGUCUCGGCGUGCCAGGAGCUGCGCUGCCUCCACAUCUAUGCCGAUGUUGGCACCACCAUGACUCCACCGCCGCUGCUCAAUCUCCUCUUCUGCGACAUCAGGAGGACAAGCUUCACUGUUUCUGCCAUGCAGCAGCUCCUCAACCAGUGCACCUCCCUCGUCUACUUGUGGCUGGGAACGCUCGUGACGGACCCGCCCGGUACUUCUCCUCUCAGCAGCCACAGCCUCGAUUGCCUGGAGAUAGACGACUGCGGUGGUGGCGGUGGUGGCGAUGGUGGCGGUGGUGCCAACGUUGUUCUAGCCAUUGACAUGCCCAAGCUCCGCUGGCUCUUCAUCAGCUCGGUCUCCAUGCCGUGCGUGGAGCUGCGGCCGUCUACCUGGAACGUUGAGUGGGUGUGGUUGCAUGGACGUGUGCGAUACUCGGGUUUGAGCCACUCGUCGAACAAGCUAAGGUCAAUCACGCUCGGGAACUCCUUCCGGAACUCCGCCAACGUGAUGGAGCGUGUCUUGCCAUUGCUGCCGAUCUUGGGUGGCGUGAAGGAUCUGAGCGUGCUUGUGGGGGAUCAUGACUUCCAGCCUCGCUCCUUCAACCUCGCUGCCCUUCUGGAGCUCUUCCAGGGACUCGAGGUCGUGAGAAUCGCUCGGUCUAGCAUCAAGGCACUGAGCCUGGACGAGUGGAGCAACAGGAAGGCGCCCUUGGUUGUGCACAUUGAGACGGCGUACAGGAGUGAGAUAGGCGGCUCCUGGGAGGCCGACGACGUCGAGUUUGUGUGGGAGCUCCUGAGCAGCAGCGAUUGCGUGAGGCUGCUCGAUCUGACAGGCUUCGUCUACUCGAAUGAGCCUCCCGAUUUCCAGCCGCAGGUCCCUGCCGCGUUUGAGGAGCUCUCGCAAGCUUUCCCUGGCCGUGUCAAGCUGCAUCCGUUGCUCUUUGAUCUGCAUCCAAAGUGUGGGAUGCUGACGCGCGCCUUUGCAACUAGAGUGAAGGCCGAGCCCCCCUACACAGCGAUCCAGCACUGGUGCAAACGCAUGCACUCGAUGGAAACGCCCGCGAUCGAGAGCUGCGCCUGGCAGUAAGUUCCAAAGCUUGCGAGCUUGGUGUGUAACUUAUCCUUUUUUAUUCGAGAAACCGUGUUUGUUCGCGCUGGAUAC